AUGUUAAACACAGGAAUCAUUAGGCCAAACCACAGUCCCUUCUCAUCACCAGUUUUGUUGGUCAAGAAGAAAGAUGGAGGAUGGAGGUUCUGUGUAUAUUAUAAAAGGAUUAAUGAGAUCACUAUUAGAGACAAAUACCCCAUUCCAGUUAUAGAGGAGUUAGUAGAUGAACUUAAGGGAGCAAAGCCACAAAUUGAAUAUUUGGGUCACAUCAUUAAUGAACAAGGAGUCUCUGCAGAUCCAUCAAAGAUUGAAUGCAUGGACAAAUUGCCUACACCAGUAACCAUUAAAGGUUUGAGAGGAUUUCUAGGAAUAACUGGUUAUUACAGGAAUGAAGCUGCUCAAGUUGCUUUUGAUAAACUCAAGAAAGAUGUCACCACCACCCGAAUGCUAGUGCUGCCAGACUUCAACAAGCCAUUUGAGUUAGCUACUGAUGCCUUUGAUACUGGAGUUGGGGCAGUUUUGAUGCAGGAACAUAAACCCAUAGCCUUUUAUAAGCAGAGAGCACAUUCAAUGCUUCAACAAAAAUGGUUGGCUAAAUUAUUGGGUUAUGAUUAUGAGCUCAAGUAUAAGAAAGGAGCUGAGAACAAAGUGAAAGAUGCCUUAUCCAAAGUACAUAUAAAAGAUCAACCAUCUUGUAGCAGUUUGAGAGUUUUACAACCCAACUGGCUAAAGGAUGUUCGAGACAGUUAUGAUGAGGACUCUCUGGCUCAGGAAAAGAUCCCAAAAAUGCUAGCUCAAGGGAAGUCAGAAGGAGACUACACUUAUACUGGAGGGUUGUUUAAAUUCAAGGGAAGGAUAUACAUUGGAAUGCAUAAACAAAUUGUGAAGCAUGUACAAGAAUGUGAUGUAUGUCAACAACACAAGGGAUUUACUUCUCUUCCUGGAGGACUGUAUAACCUCUCCCUGUACCUGAACAAGCUUAGGAACAUGUACAGCUCUGCACCUAAGCACACCUACAACCCUCAAACUGAUGGCCAAACUGAGAGGGUGAAUGCUUGUGUAGAAGCUUAUCUCAGAUGCAUGACAAGUUUCAAACCAAGUAAAAAGGUUGCAUGGUUACCUUUAUCUGAGUGGUGGUACAAUACUAGCUACCACACAAGCCUCAAAAUUACCCCUUUUGAAGAUCUCUAUGGAUAUCCAUCUCCCCAAUUUGGGAUUACUUCAUCUUCUCAAGGUAUAACUGCAGAUGUGGAUAACUAUAUGCAACAGAGGAAGCACAUGGGACAACUACUCAAGGGAGCUUUGGAGGCAGCACAACACAGGAUCAAGCAACAAGAUGACAAGAAGAGGUCUGAGAGGUCUUUUGAAAUAGGAGAUUGGGCUUAUCUGAGAUUACAGCCUUACAGACAGACCACUGUGCAGUUGAGAAGAAAUCUUAAGCUAUCUGCUAAGUUCUUUGGACCUUAUCAGAUUAUAGAGAAGAUUAUCAAAGUAGCUUAUAAGUUGCAACUACCAGCUGGAUCAAAAAUCCAUCCCACUUUUCAUGUGUGUCAGCUUAAACCCAAGUUAGGAAAUGGCAUGCUACCUAAAACAGAGCUACCAACAGUCACUAAAGAAAGAGAAUUGAAGAUGAAGCCAUUGCAGGUAUUGAAUACCAGAAUUGUUAGAAAAAACAACCAAGAUGUCACUCAAGUUCUUGUUCAGUGGGAAGGCUUAUCUGCAGAAACAACUACUUGGGAGGACAAGCAAGUUAUGUAA